UCGGGCAGUGAUGGCGGCCUCCCAGGCUGCAGCAGUUCCCGGGGCCCCGGCCGAGGAUUCCUCCGAUAGCGAACCGGAACCCGAGCCGCAGAAACUGCACAGGAAAGUGUCAACAUCCGGACAAAUUAGGAGGAAGGCGAUUGUGAAAGAAGGUCACCUACAGAAGCAGACCAGCUCAUUUCAACGAUGGAGACGGCGCUAUUUCAAACUGCGUGGAAGGACACUGUAUUAUGCCAAGACUGCCAAGUCUAUCAUAUUUGAAGAAGUGGACAUCACAGACGCCAGUGUCGCCGAGUCUAGCACCAAGAACCUCAACAACAGUUUCACGGUAUUCACUCCCUUUCGCAAACUGAUCCUCAGCGCAGACAACCGGAAAGAUAUGGAAGAAUGGAUGGCAGCUCUUAAGUCCGUGCAGAACCGCGAGCUGUUUGAGUCCACUCAGUACAGCAUGGACCAUUUCUCAGGAAUGCACAACUGGUACGCCUGUUCUCACGCUCGCCCUACUUACUGCAAUGUCUGCCGCGAAGCCCUGUCCGGAGUUACCUCCCAUGGACUUUCUUGUGAAGUGUGCAAAUUUAAAUCUCACAGAAGAUGCGCUGUGCGGGCCACCAAUAACUGCAAAUGGACAACUUUGGCCUCGGUUGGGAAGGACAUCAUAGAGGAUGAGGAUGGUGUGUCGAUGCCUCACCAGUGGCUGGAAGGGAACCUGCAUGUCAGUGCAAAGUGCACCGUGUGUGAGAAGACGUGUGGUAGUGUGCUCCGUCUACAGGACUGGCAGUGCCUAUGGUGCAAAGCAAUGGUACACACAGCGUGUAAAGAGCUUCUUCCCAAAAAAUGUCCGCUGGGGCAAUGCAAAGUUUCUGUUAUUCCACCCACUGCUCUCAACAGCAUCGACUCAGAUGGGUUCUGGAAGGCCAGCUGCCCCCCGUCCUGCACUAGUCCCUUGCUUGUAUUCGUUAAUUCAAAGAGUGGGGACAACCAGGGAGUGAAGUUUUUACGACGUUUCAAACAACUGCUAAACCCAGCUCAAGUAUUCGAUUUAAUGAACGGCGGACCUCAUCUAGGUUUGCGUUUGUUUCAGAAGUUUGACACGUUCCGGAUCCUAGUGUGUGGAGGGGAUGGAAGUGUUGGCUGGGUUCUUUCUGAAAUAGAUACCCUUAACCUUCACAAACAGUGUCAGCUGGGAGUUCUCCCUUUAGGCACUGGGAAUGACCUCGCUCGGGUGCUUGGCUGGGGUUCCGCUUGUGAUGAUGACACUCAGCUUCCCCAAAUUCUGGAGAAGCUGGAGAGAGCUGGGACCAAAAUGCUAGACAGAUGGAGCAUCAUGGUGUAUGAAACUAAGCUUCCAUCUCAAACCCCAGAAUCCUGCACAACCACAGAGCCAAGUGAAGAUUGUGAGGUGCAGCAGAUUCUGUGCUAUGAAGACUCAGUGGCAGCUCAUCUAUCACAGAUACUCAGUUCAGACCAACACUCUGUGGUCAUUUCAUCAGCCAAGGUCCUAUGUGAGACAGUGAAGGAUUUUGUUGCUCGAGUUGGGAAAGCUUACGAGAGAAUGACCGAAAACUGUGAAGAAUCCGAAACCAUGGCAGGAAAGUGUUCACUUCUGCGAGAGAAGCUUGAUUCCCUGUUAAAAACUCUGAAUGAGGAGUCGCAGUCCACGUCAGUUCUUUCUCAACCACCCCCUACUAUUAACGAAGAAGGGGAGGAAAACUCAGAAAUGGUCACAGUCCCAACAACCUCUCCUUCCCCAGGCCGUGCGCAGACUUUCAGGCCUCGUGAACAACUCAUGCUACGAGCCAACAGCUUGAAGAAAGCCAUCCGUCAGAUUAUAGAGCAGGCUGAGAAAGCUGUGGACGAACAGAACGCACAAACGCCAAGCUCUGAAGAUCUCAUUCUGCCAUUCUCCCAAGACGAUGCCAAGGAGCCGAAAUUGGAGAGUACAGUGAAUGCACAAAGUGGGAACGCACUGCCGAGACUGAGGAGCUCAGGCAGAGGUGCUAAAUCUGAAUGUGCAACCAACAAAAACAGCCUGGUGGCAGGAGCCUCGGUGUCCCUUCCUGCGCCCUCCACCCAACGUGACAACCUACCGGUGCUGAACUACAAGAUUCUCUAUCCCAAUAUGAGAGCCGGAAUGUCUGGAUCUUUGCCUGGCAACUCUAUUAUCAGCCGUCUGCUAAUUAGUGCCGACCCUUUUAGCUCCGAACCGGACAGCCUGGAGUGUUACACAGAAAAAUGUGUGAUGAACAAUUACUUUGGCAUUGGACUGGAUGCGAAAAUCUCUUUGGAUUUUAACAGUAAAAGGGAUGAACACCCCAAGAAGUGCAGGAGCCGCACAAAAAACAGAAUGUGGUAUGGAGUGCUGGGGACCAAGGAGCUCUUACAGAGAACGUACAAGAACCUGGAGCAGAGGGUGCUGCUGGAGUGUGACGGGGUCCCCAUUCCAUUGCCCAGCCUCCAGGGCAUCGCUGUGUUGAACAUUCCAAGCUACGCCGGGGGGACCAACUUCUGGGGAGGCAGCAAGGAAGAUGAUACGUUUGCAGCGCCCUCGUUUGACGAUAAGAUCCUUGAGGUGGUUGCUGUGUUUGGCAGCAUGCAAAUGGCUGUCUCAAGGGUCAUCAAACUGCAGCAUCAUAGAAUUGCCCAGUGCCGCAUGGUAAAGAUCACGGUGCUGGGAGACGAGGGCAUUCCCGUGCAGGUGGAUGGAGAGGCCUGGAUACAGCCUCCGGGAUUCAUCCGGAUUGUGCACAAGAACAGAACGCAGACCCUCACCCGGGAUAGGGCUUUUGAGAGCACGUUGAAGUCGUGGGAAGACAAGCAGAAAUGUGAAGUGUCCCGUCCAGCUACUUCUCCUCUCUCUCCCUUCUCCUCUCACCCCGAGGUGCUCUCUGAUGAGGAAGCUGCCCAGGUGUCCCAGUUUGGCCGCUCUGCUGGUGACCUCAUUAAGAGCAUUAAGGAUAUUGCGGUGUCCCAUCAGAGUAUAGAGCAGGAGUUGGCCCAUGCUGUCAAUGCCAGCUCUAAAUCAAUGGAGAAGGUUUAUAGCAAGAACGCAGAGGGUCUAAACAGAGUUCAUGUAAUGGACAUGGUUACAAAUGUCCGAGCUCUUCUUAACGAGACAGAUCUACUGAUUCAAGGGAAGAUGGCGCUGCUGCUGGACCCUCCUCAGAAGGAGCAGCUUGUGAUAUCCCUCGGCAGCACAGAACAAGAAUUAAGAAAACUUGCAGACAUCUCUUGGUUGUGGCAAAGUACUGACCCCGGAGAAGAAGAGGGACCACUAGACUUUUCUAAAUUAAGACGUAGCAGUCGGUUUAGACUUGUCAACAAAUUCAAGAAGGAGAAGAACAGUAGGAACAAAGAGGCUGGAAGCAGCACGGGACUGUCUGCUCACCUCUGGGGAACGGAGGAGGUAUCUCAGUGGUUGGAGCGACUCAGUCUGUCUGAGUACAAGGAGGUCUUUACUCGUCAUGACAUCCGUGGUUGUGAGCUCCUACAUCUGGAGCGCCGAGACCUCAAGGAACUGGGGGUGACAAAGGUGGGCCACAUGAAGAGAAUACUCCACGGCAUCCGAGAACUGAGCCACCCAGCUGUCAAUGUGGACUAACAUCUGUCUUCACUGCUUGCGUUGCCCAAUCCGGAUGAUGUUCAAAAAGCGCUGCCACAAAUGUCAACCACCCCACCAUAGGGUUUGGCUGCAAUGCUGAGCUCUGCUCGAGCUGCAGUAGAUCCCGUUUGUGCCAUGCACCGUUAUAGCCAAUACCCUUGGCAUGUUAACCAGUGGCACAUACCCUGAGUAUGCAUCCAUUGAAAUGAAGCUAGGGAAAUUCUGCAGCCAGUCGUAGGAGACAUGCAUCCUAGGUAUGGAGGCGUCGAUGUUUUUAGUUUUUUUAUUUGAGAUAAUCAGGGAAUGGUGUGCAUACUUUUGAAACCACAUGCAGACAAUCACCCAGAGAACAUAGCAGCCAGUAAAGACUGAAGUAUCCAUUUGCGUUCAUGUGCUACCUCGUGUAACUGGGACCAACG